AUGUCUGGGCUGCAGAAUACAGACGCCUCCUCUAGCUCCAAACAGGAGCACUUGGACCUGCAGGACUACACUCCUGAUGGAGAUACUGGUGUCUCUGCUCAUGUUUUCACUGGAGACACGUCCUUCCAGGGAAACAGUCCAAAGGAGCAGGACUCAGACCUGCUGUGUGGCUGGGGGUCUCUGAAGCCCAAAGCUAUCCAGGUGUUCAACACUCCUUGCUGGAUUCUCAUCUUUCUGUCUAUGGCCUCUUUCCUCCAGGGUCUGAUCAUAAAUGGUUUUACCAGCACUGUAGUGACUUCUAUCGAGAAACGCUUUGACCUGAGCAGCUCCCAGACCGGCCUCAUCAUCAGCGCCUACGACAUUGCUUCCUGUGUUUGCCUGCCUUUUUCCAGUUACUUUGGGGGGAAUGGGCACAAGCCUCGCUGGCUGGGCUGGGGCAUCCUGAUCAUGGGUUUGGGGUCUCUUGUGUUUGCCCUUCCUCACUUCACCACACCUUCGUACCAGGUCACUGCUCUAGAGAGGUCAGACCUGUGUUCAGCCAACAGCUCCGACUUGCCCCAUGACCAGGCCGGGGGCGAACUGUCCAACUACUACCUUGUGUUCAUGUUGGGGCAGAUUUUACAAGGCAUCGGCACGACGCCGCUUUACACUUUGGGGUUCACUUUUCUGGAUGAGAAUGUCAAUGCAGUCAAAGCACCAAUUUAUAUGGGCUUCUUCUAUUCAAUGGGCAUGAUUGGCCCAGGAGCUGGUCUACUGUUGGGCGGGUACCUCCUCAGCUUUUACUCUGAGACAACAGUGAACACAGACAUGACUCCAAGCAGUCCUCAGUGGGUGGGGGCCUGGUGGAUCGGCUUCGUCUGUGGUGGAGCUCUGUGUCUUCCAGUGGGCUUUGCUGUUCUGGGGUAUCCAAAAAAACUACCAGGCUCCCAGGAGACCAGCGCCACAAGUGAGGCUCCCGAGGGCAAAGAAGGCAAAGAGGGCACAGAGGCAUCAAAGCCAAAGUUUGGACAAGCUCUCCAAGACAUGUCAAAGUCCCUUCUCCUUCUCUGUUCAAAUGCCACUUUCAUGUGUCUGUGUUUGGCUGGAGCCCCAGCGGCUGGGAUUAUAGCAAUUUUAGGUGCGUUUAUGCUCAAGUUCUUUGAGUCACAGUUUGGAAUCAAUUCUUCAGACGGAGCAGUGCUUCUUGGUAUAAUAGCCAUUUUAACCCCAGGAAGCGGGACUUUCCUUGGCAGCUACUUUGUGAAAAGAUUUAAACUGCAAAUUCGAGGCAUGAUCUGGUUCUGCCUCGUCUGCACAUUGAUAGGAAUACUUUUAUUUUUAAUCUUCCUAAUGCACUGCCCAAAUGUUCCCUUGGCCGGUGUAACUAUGCCAUACGCCACACAUCAGCAGGAGGACCAAGUAAUGGAGACGGUCACCACCAGUCUACAGCAGCUGAAGAGCUCGUCUCUGGAUGAGCAGCUCUCGGCUCAGUGUAACAGUAACUGCAGCUGUGACAGACUCUUCAGCCCUGUGUGUGGAGCAGAUCACCGCAUGUACUUCUCUCCCUGCUACGCUGGCUGCACCUCCAUCAACCUCACCUCCACUGGAAAGGUGUACACAGACUGCAGUUGUGUUCUUGGUAAUGUCUCCUGGGGUCAUGAGGGCUUGGCCAUAGCAGGACGGUGUGAAACCUCCUGCUCCUUUGCUCCUGUCUUUAUGAUCAUCUCCGCCUUCACAUUCUUCCUCCUCACCUUCUGCUACAUACCAGCCAUCACCUCCAUUCUCAGGUGUGUUCCAGAGGAGCAGAAGUCUUUUGCUCUGGGAAUCCAAUGGAUCCUUGUGCGCACUUUGGGUGCUGUCCCUGGCCCCAUAGUGUCUGGGGCGCUGAUUGACCAGGCCUGUCUCCUGUGGCAGAAGGACGACCAUGGCUCCUGUUUAGUCUAUGAAAACUCAAAGCUGAGUCUGUUCUUUCUCAUCGGCUGUGUUGGAUACAGGAUCGUAGGGGCAGUGUUUUAUAGUUUAGCCCUUGUGUUUUACCGGCCCCCUCCUCAUCCUCCUCUGGUCUGUCCAGAGACCGCUCACUGUGGAGAUACACCAGAGGAUGGCGCCAGAGUCAAGCAGCAAACUGGAUUAUGA